GUUAUUCUUUGUUUGUUAAUUUUAUUAUGGCAUCGAUAGCGGAAAGAGGACUGGCUCAGUUAAAGUCAUUGUACAGCAGCGAAAAAGAAUUAUCAAAACUUGGAAACGACCUUCUUCGUCGUUUAGCCAACAAGAUUGAGAUUAGUGAAUCAGAUAUCACAAAAUUAAAAGUGGAUGCCAUUGUCAACGCGGCGAACAAUUCCUUACUAGGAGGUGGAGGAGUUGACGGAGCCAUUCACAGGGCCGCAGGACCGAAAUUGUUGGAAGAGUGCAGAACCUUGCACGGAUGCGCCGAUGGAGAUGCUAAAAUAACAAAAGGCUACAAUCUUCCAGCUAAACAUGUGAUUCAUACGGUGGGACCACAACAGCAGCAAAAAAGCGUUUUGGAAAGCUGUUACCGCAAAAGUUUGCAAGUGUUGAAAGAGAAUGGUUUGCGGUCCAUUGCGUUUCCAUGCGUAGCUACAGGUGUUUACGGCUAUGAUAAUGAAGACGCGGCCAACGUUGCACUCGGUCAAGUCCGUCUCUUCUUGGAACGUGAUGCUCUGGCCAAUGAAGAUAAUAUUGACAAGGUGAUUUUUGUGUUGUUUAACGACAAAGACAAAAAGAUUUACAAAGAAUUGGUGCCAGUGUACUUUCCUGGAUGGCAGCUGAAUAAAUAAAU